AUGACUGACGCAUCGUUUCCCCCUUCCGGUGGAGCUCCACGAGCAGCUGCUGCUCUCACUACCUCAACUACCACUGCCUCCACUACUGCCGCUACUACCACCACCACCUCCUCCUCCUCCACUCCUUCGACUUACAACUACUACUCCAACAUCCCCAGUAUCUCCUCCAUCCCCCGUCGGUCUUCUUACGCUUCAGUGCUGUCGGGGACCGCCGCUCUCUCCCCUCCCACCUUUAGCAAUCAUCCUUUCUCGCCCUUCUCCCCCUCCCUCUCCACCUCCACCGCCUCGUAUCCCCCGCCGCCGCCUUUCUCUCCCGACGCCCGCCUACUGAGGCCAUCCGCCGCCGUGGAUGCCGAGAUGCAAAUGAACUCCUCAUGGAGGUCGUCGCCCGGCGAUUCCCUUCCUCCUUACUCUCGGAAGUUUGCCAACCUCGCCCGCUUUGACCCUUGCUAUCACAACCCCGGUGCAUUCACCGACUCGCCCACACCCUCCUUCACCCCCUCAUAUCUCCAAAACUCCCGCUAUGUCUCCCGUCUCGAUGCCGCCCGUCGGGCAAAGCAUGCAGCCCAGCGCGAUGGCGCCAUUCCCUCCUCCACCUCGAAUAACCUCUCCACUUCCUCCAGCCAGGCUAGCUUGCCCCGGAUUGCACCUUCUCAUCGGGGCAUGACCUAUGAUAUCAUCGAAAGAGAACCCCCCAGCGAUGACGACCAUCUGCUACCCCUCCCCUCCCGAUGGAGCGACGACGAUAAAUUCACCGGCCUGGAGCUUGGAAACGGAGGGUUAGAAGUCCGAUACACUGGUCCGGUCAACAAGCAUGAACAUGAGGCUGCUGCCGUUCGGGCAGAUAAUCCCAUGCCCCCGCAGUGCGGGAUCUACUACUUUGAGAUCACCAUCUUAUCCAAACCCAAAGAGGGCAUGAUCGGAAUCGGAUUCUCGAGCAAGAAAGCCUCGGUAGAACGACUGCCCGGAUGGGAACAGGAAUCAUGGGCUUACCAUGGCGAUGAUGGGAAGUCCUUCUUCGGAGAAAGUCAGGGGCAAGGACGACAGUACGGCCCGACGUUUGGGGCUAAUGACACUGUGGGAUGUGGUGUGAAUUUCUCCACGGGAUGUGCUUUCUUCACCAAGAAUGGCGUGUUCUUAGGAAAUGCAUUCCGGGAACUACGAAACUUAAAGGUCUACCCGUCGGUGGGCAUGAAGAAGCAACCGCCCGUCCACUUGGUAGUGAACUUUGGGCAGCAGCCCUUCAUGUUUGAUAUCGAUGAUAUGGUCAAGAAAGAAAAGUCGUUGAUCCAUUCGGAGAUUGCUCUGACCAGCACGGCCAAUCUGCAACCCCCGUUGGAUGAAUCGGGCCUGCUGCAGGAGUUGGUGGCGCAGUUUCUUGCUCAUGACGGCUAUGUCGAGACCGCCCGCGCGUUUGCCGAAGAGGUAGCGGCAGAGUCGACGGCGUUGGAGAACGGUCGACAGGCACCUUUGAAGAAGUACGAGGUGGAGGAAGAUGUUGAAGCCAUCAACCGGCAGAAGAUCCGCGCGGCUAUCUUGGAAGGCGAUAUCGACAAGGCACUCAAGUAUACUAAUGCCUACUACGCGAACGUAUUGCAGACCUACCCGCAGAUCCACUUCAAGCUACGAUGCCGCAAAUUCCUGGAGAUGAUGCGUCGGUGCAACGAGUCGUCGCCGUCGCCCUCUAAGCGCGGCAAGUCGUCGAAUGGGCUGUCGGACAGCAGCGCAGUGUUUGACCAGGAGAUGGAGUUGGACGAGCAGCUACAGGAAGGCGAUGGCUACGAGGCGGACGGCAUGGACAUGGAGGAGACGGAGAGCACAGCGCGAUCGAACGAGCUACUCACGGAGGCGGUGCAGUACGGGCAGCAAUUGUUCCUGGACUAUCCACCAGAGGAGCGGGGUGGGGAUCGGAAGAUGCUGGAUGACAUCUUUUCCCUAGUGGCCUACCAAGACGCGCGACGGUCAGUGCAUGGCCACUACCUGGACCCUGCGGGACGAAUUGCCGUGGCGGAAGAGUUGAACUCGGCCAUUCUCGUGUCGCUGGGUAAAUCCUCAUCGGCCGCGCUGGAGCGACUUUACCAACAGACCGAAGUGCUGGUGAACGAGAUUAGCGAGGAGGGCGGCGCCGGGGCGUUUAUUAAUGUGCGUAAUGACUUGCUACUUUGA